CGUUAAACGUAAACUUCCGAUAUCAAAAAGGAGCAAAGUCUUGUGAAAAAGUGUCCGUUGAGUUUUAGACAACUUGUAUACGUUUGACAGCAGAAUUUUACUAAAAUGAGCUCAUCUCAUCACAAGAGCACAAGGGGCCAAGAAGAGACCGAAAAACUAAAGAGUAACUUAGAAGAGCAACUUGAUAGAUUAGUACAACAGUUAGCUGAUUUAGAAGAAGCAAAAGAUGACCUAGAUGCUGAUGAAUAUGAAGAAACAAAGCAAGAGACAAUGGACCAGUUAACUGAAUUCAAGGAGUCACUAGACAACAUGGUGGGAGGAAACCUCAGUCUUGUGGAUCAACUCAGCGGUAUGCAGUUGGCCAUCCAAGCAGCCAUUAGUAAAGCUUUCAAAACUCCAGAGGUCAUCAGAAUGUUUGCCAAAAAACAACCUGGCCAGCUUCGACAAAGGCUAGCCGAGAUACGAAGAGAUGAAAAAGUGGGGAAGCUGUCUGGUGACAUUGCCACUCAGCAAUCUGUUGAAAUCCUGACGGCGUUGAAGAAGCUUGGAGAGAGCCUUACACCCGAAGAAGAGUCCUACCUACAGAGCAACUCCAGCGCUAGUCUCAAGCAAUUCGAACAGGUGUCUGGAGAUUUAGCCUCUGGUGAUAAGGUGUUGGCUGUAGCUAGUUCACAGGUGAAGCAGGCAUCUAAAUAAUCCUGGGGAUAAGCCAGACCGAUCAUCAUCCCCCCCUAGUGUCACCUGACAAUACAUCACUACAACAUUGUCCAGAUCACAAGGAGAGCAUCUGUUUUCAGAGUUAAAUUGCAAAGAUGCUUCCUUGCCUUGCAGCCUGAUCCAAGGAAUGUUAUUUAAGGACAGGUGAACUUUAUUAGGAUCCUGGGUCGUUUAUUUUUUGAAAUACCAUACCUUUUUGUACUCAAUUAAUACCAUUUUAAAAUCUGUAGUUUUCAUGUAAUCAACUUUUUAAUGCAUCUUUUAUGUUAAAUAGUGAGGAAAAAAAUAUGAAUAUGAAUUUUAAUGUUUUGUGAAUGGGUUGUGAGUUAAUCAGAUCAUAUCUUCUUGCUCUAAUCAUUACACAUUAUUUUAAAGAAAUUUCCAAUCGCUCUAUAUAAUUAAUUUAAUCUCUUACUAAUGGAUUAAAAUAUUCAAGGCCACCUUUCAACUGUGUUUCAAAAGUAUCACCAAUAGUUACUUUGUAUAAGCAUGGGUUGUUUUUUUUUCUUCAAAUUUUACAUAUUGAAUUCAACUUAUCAGUCUCAUAUUGAUUUGAUAUGAAAUGUGUAUACAUGUACAUGCAAUUACUGUAUUUAGUAAAUGUUCUGAUAUUUAUCUUGGACUACACCAAUAAUGGCAUCAGUAUCUCUUCCAAAUCUCGUCAACUACCGGAUGCUGUCCUGUUUUUAAUUAGGCCAAUGUACAUGUAAUACUUGGAGGACAUUGACAUUUGUCAUGAGAAAUUGGAGUGAUUUGCAUAUGAAAUUCAUUCAUUGUCAUUUAUAGGCAUUUGCUGGCAUUUGGAUGUGCGAGUGCAUAAUAGACUGUUUUGCGGGCUGCUUGCUUGUGAUAUUGUUACAUUAAAAGUUUAGACUUUAUCAAUUUAAACUUAUCUAUAACAGUCUAGACUGUUAUAGAUAAGUUUAACUUGAUAAAGUCUAAACUUUUAAUGUAACAAUAUGAUAUGAAAUUAAAUGUUUAAAUUGCUAAUGGCAACAUAUUUCAAUACAUGAACUUGUGAGAGGAAAAGAUGUAUACCUGAAAAAAUUGAUUUAAUAAUUGAAACAGAAAUCGCUACUUUGUAUGAAAAAAUAUGUUGUCAUAUGUGAUAACCAUGAUAUGCAAAUAAAAUGUUGGUAAAAAAAGUAUUUUUGAUUUUGUGAAAUUUGCAAUGUUUCAAUUGACUUUCUACUGUUGAUGAGAUUACUAGUUUGUUAAAAUGCAUUUUACAAAUUUGAGGGAUUUUUGCGAUGAUCUAUUUCUCG